CAGACAGAGUGUUGAGAACAAGACAUGUGAGGAGGUCAUGUGAUCCUCAUGUGAACCAUGGAGAGAAGACUCCGCCCCCUUCAUCAGGACACCUGGAGCUGCAGCUGGGACUCAUCAGCCAGCAGACAGACAGGUCUGCAGAGAGACAAACAGGUUGUUCUACAGAGAGACAGGUCAGCCUGCAGAGAGACAGCUCUGCAGAGAGACAGGUCAUCCUACAGAGAGACAGACAGGUCAGCCUGCAGAGAGACAGGUCUACAGAGAGACAGGUCAGCAGAGAGACAGGUCUACAGACAGACAGGUCAUCCUACAGAGAGACAGACAGGUCAGCCUGCAGAGAGACAGGUCUACAGAGAGACAGGUCAGCCUGCAGAGAGACAGACAGGAUGCUGUGUGUCUGUCUGCUGGCAGCGUGGCUGCUCCCUGCAACAGAUCAGCUGACUGAGAACUUCACUCAGGAACACAUUGCCCCCCCCGCACAGCUCGGACUCAACCUGUCGGGGGUGCGGUCCUUCAGUCUAGACCAGGAGCUGGAGACCCGGAUCAUCGGGGGCCAGGAGGCCUGGGCCCACUCGUGGCCCUGGCAGGUGUCGCUCCGCUACGUCUCCACGCCGGCCUGCGGCGGCGCCGUCAUCGCCCCCACCUGGGUGGUGUCGGCCGCGCACUGCUUCCAGAGGUCAGGGGUCACCUGCACAGGGGUCGGGGGCCAGGGGGGGGACGCUCAGAACGACGUGUACGCCGACGACGUCCCUGAUACAGAGAACAGAUGUGGGAGGCAGCAGAACAUCAGCUGUGAUCAGUUUCCCGCCCUCGCCACCGUGUCCUCGCCGGAGACCACCACCGUGUCCUCGCCGGAGACCACCACCGUGUCCUCGCCGGAGACCGCCACGGAGGCCUUGCUGGAGACCGCCACGGAGGCGUGUCCGUUCCUCUGGCCCUGGCACGUCAGCCUGCAGUCCAGCAGCGGCCGCCAUUACUGCAGCGGCGCCCUGAUCCACCGCAGCUGGGUGCUCACGGCGCAGCACUGCAACGUCAGAGCGAAGAAGGACACGGUGGUUUUGGGAGUCCAUGACCUCCGGUUCUCCUCGUCUGAAACCGUCCCGGUGGACAAAGUCUUCAAUCUGCCGAAGGACCGCAGCUUCCCGCCCAAAUCUGACCUGUCGCUGCUCCACCUCGGAACGCCCGCCACAUUAAGCCCGGAUGUUUCUCCAGUUUGUGUCCCCAACCAGGACCAGGACUUGGAUAGCACCUGGUCUUGUGUGACAACUGGCUGGAGAACUUUGAGCACAGCAGAGGACGUGGACCCCUACCGGCUGCACCACGUGGGACUGUCUCUGGUUAAUCAGACAAGCUGCAGCGAGACGUGGGGCGGAGGACUCAUCACAGAGUCCCACAUCUGUUCCCACCCUGGUGGCUCCACCGCCUGCAUGGGCGACUCUGGAGCGCCGCUGGUGUGCCAGAAGCACGGCGUGUACUUCCUGUUUGGCGUGGUGACCUGGGGCAGCCGGCGCUGCGACGCCGCCAGGCCGGCCGUGUUCUCCAGGGUGUCCUCGUUCCACCGAUGGAUCACCACGGUGACGCAAGACGUCUGACUGUCCCCC